CUUGCUAUGAUUCAAAAGUUCAAUCGGAGUGAUCGCCGGGCUUUGAAAUUUCCGGCGGUUCACCCAUGCGAAGGUGUAUCCCCAGAGAUCCUUCUCAGCUCCUUAAUCACUCUCUCUCAACACAUAUGCAAUAACCAAACGAAACUCUUUGUGACACAACGACGAAAUGCCAGAGAAACAGUUCGCCAAAUCGGGAUUCUUCUCGUGUACUUUGAGGAAAUAAGGAGCCGCGGUUUAACUCUAUCGGAUUCUUUUGUUCUCUGCUUCUCCGAGCUCCACCUCACAUUCCAGAAAAUCAAGUUCUUAUUGGAAGAUUGUGGGCGGGAAGGCGCUCGGCUUUGGAUGCUGAUGAAGUCUGAAUUCGUUGCUAUGCAAUUCCGGAUGCUAAUACGGGCUGUCGCUACGGCUCUUGACGUUAUUCCGUUGAGUUUGAUCGAUGUGGGUGGCGAAGUGAAGGAAUUGGUUGAAUUGGUAGCCAGGCAAGCACGCAAGGCAAAGUUUGACCUCGACCCAGAUGACGAAAUGGCCUCAAGACGAGUCCUUUUCAUCUUGAAUCAGCUCGAGAAGGGGAUCGAGCCGGAGUUAAGCUCUGUAAAGAGAGUUCUGGGUUAUCUUGAAAUUCGAAGCUGGAGUGAUUGCAACAAAGAGAUCAAGUUCUUGGAAGAGGAGAUCGGUUUCGAUUGCUCCGACAGCGACGAGCGAGAGUCUCCAUUUCUGAGCAGCUUGGUGGGAUUGACGAGCUACUGCAGGGGAGUGAUAUUUGAAGAAUUAGAUAACCGAAACGCCGAAGAACAAACCGAUGCGAGGUGCGGCGCGGCGGAGACGUUGAUGAGUUGCUUCAACCCACAUGACUUCCGGUGCCCAAUUUCGCUCGAGCUAAUGACCGAUCCCGUCACUGUCUCGACUGGUCAGACCUACGACCGUUCUUCGAUUGAGAAAUGGCUGAGAGCUGGAAACAUGCUCUGCCCCAAAACAGGGGAGAAGCUAAAGAGCAAAGAGUUGGUCCCCAAUUCCACUCUCCGAAACCUUAUCCAGCAGUUUUGCGUUAACAACGGCAUUUCGAUUUCGUCUACCAAGUCCGGAAGCCGGAGUCGUGACAUAACGAGGACGAUUGCGCCGGCUAAUCCGGCAGCCGCCGAAGCAAUAAGAUUUCUUUCCAAAUUUCUCGCCAGGAGGCUGGUUUUCGGAACAACCGACCAGAAAAACAAGGCGGCUUUCGAGAUUCGUUUGCUGGCAAAAUCGAACAUUUUCAAUCGGUCUUGUUUGGUGGAAGCAGGCACAAUCCCGCCUCUGUUAAACCUUCUGUCUUUUAGCAGUAAGUCAACGCAAGAGAACGCCAUUGCAGCCUUAUUGAAGCUGUCGAAGCAUACUACGGGCAAAAAAGUGAUCUUUGAAAGUGGGGGAUUGAGUUCGAUUCUCAACGUUCUUAAGAGGGGGCUGAGCUUGGAAUCGAGGCAAGUAGCAGCAGCAACAUUGUUCUACCUUUCUUCGGUUAAGGAGUAUCGGAAAUUGAUCGGAGAAGGACCGGAGGCCAUCCCGGGUUUAGUGGAGCUUAUCAAGGAAGGCUCAAAUUGCGGGAAAAAGAAUUCCGUGGUCGCCAUUUUCGGACUUCUUCUCUAUCCCAAAAACCAUCAAAAAGUGCUUGAAGCUGGCGCUGUUCCAUUGCUGUUUGAUAUUUUAGCCUCUUCCGACAAUGCUCAGCUCAUUGCAGACACCCUAGCAGUUCUUGCUUCACUGGCUGAGAAUUUCGAUGGAACAAUCUCUAUUCUCCAAAUUACCUCGUCUUUGCCACUGCUCACCAGGACUCUGCGGUCUUCCACAUCGCGGGCAGGGAAAGAGUACUCUGUUUCGAUUUUGUUGUCUUUGUGCAUCAAUGGCGGCGUAGAAGUUGUUGGUGUUUUAGCCAAGGACCCUUCGCUGAUGGCUCCGCUGUAUUCACUCUCAACCGAUGGAACCUCUCAUACAAGCAAGAAGGCUUGUUCGCUCCUAAAAAUUCUUCAUCGUUUUCAUGAGACAAGCGCUUCUGGAUUGAUGUCUCCGGCGGCUCCACAUGAAAGAUUUGUUCCCGUCUGGUAGACUGCCCGUUGUAAAUAAUACACACAUGCAGAUGCAGGUGUAUGUAUAUUUGAAAUUGGCUCGGUUUUUUCAGUAGCUAAUUUCUGUGUCAGUGUUUGCUUUUUUUUCAUAUAUAUAUAUACACACAUGUUC